AUAUCAGUCAGAGCCCAUUUAUUUUUUGGGUUGGACAAAAUGGGCUUAGGUUAGGUUGUCAAAAAAUAAAAUAAAUUUAAAAAACCACCCUCUUUUGACCCAAAAAAAUUAGAAAAAAACCUUGUUCUCUGGAUUUUCGCGGGAAAAUCAUCGGCAGAGCAAGACAGUAAUAACUUGAAUAGGAAAAGAAAAGAAAAAAAAAAAAGAAGCAAUCGAGAAAGAAAGAGUGGAAUGGAAAAUGGAGAGCCAAAGUUUUUAGCAUUUCCGUAUGAGGCAUAUUCAAUUCAGAUCGAUUUCAUGAAUGCGCUUUAUCACUCUUUGGAUAAAGGCGGCGUCUCCAUGCUCGAAAGUCCCACCGGGACUGGCAAAACGCUGAGCAUUAUCUGCAGUGCUUUGCAAUGGGUGCUUGAUCAGAGACAAAAAGAGAAGUCUGAAAAAAGGGUUGAAUCUGAUGAAAAGCAGGAAAAUAAUGGUCAGAUUGGUUCAGAUGAUGAACCUGAUUGGAUCAAAAACUUUGUUGUGAACAAAGACAACCAAAUGUAUGAGAAGAAGAGCAAGAAAAAGAAAUAUGGUUUUGGACAAAAAAAAGGGGAAAAACGAAAGAAUAAAGAUGGUCAAAGGGAUUUAUUCUCCCGUGAUCUAGUUGAGGAAUGCUUCCACGAAAACAAAGACUGCAAAAAAUCAAUAAAGAAAAAUGAUGUUGAGGACUUGGGUGAUGAGGAGUUUCUGCUUGAAGAAUAUGAAAGUGAAGAGGAAGGUGGUGUUGGAAGUUUGAGUUCAAAGAGGAAAGGCUGUAAGCUUUCUGUUAAUUCAUCGAGUGAUGAGGAGGAAGGUGAGUCUGAGGAGGAGGUGGAGGAAGUGAAGUUGAAGGUUUAUUUUUGUAGUCGGACACAUUCACAGCUUUCACAGUUCAUAAGGGAGCUAAGAAAGACUGUCUUUGCCAGUGAGAUGAAUGUUGUCUCUUUGGGAUCAAGGAUGAACUUUUGCAUCAAUGAAGAGGUUGUGAGACUAGGAAACUCUACUAAGAUUAAUGAGCGUUGCUUGGAGCUUCAAAAGAAUAAGAAAAAGGAAAUUUCUAAAAUCAAGAACUUAGGUGCAGAGGGAAGAAUAUGGCGAACCAAGGCUUCUUCUGGAUGCCCAAUGCUCAGAAAACAUAAACUACAAAAGCAGUUCAGGAGUGAAAUUUCUCAACAAGGUGCCUUGGACAUUGAAGAUCUUGUUCAACUUGGAAGAAAUAUAGGAACAUGUCCAUAUUAUGGCUCCCGAAGUAUGAUCACCACGGCUGAUCUUGUGGUUCUUCCAUAUCAAUCACUUCUUUCAAAAUCAUCACGUGAAGCACUGGUACUGAAUCUGAAGGAUAAUGUUGUUAUAAUAGAUGAGGCUCACAAUCUGGCUGACUCCCUCAUUAGCAUGUAUGAUGCAAAAAUUACUCUGACACAGUUGGAGAAUGUACAUAGCCACAUGGAGAAGUACUUUGGAAGAUUCUGCAUUCUCUUGGGACCUGGAAAUCGAAGAUAUAUUCAAACUCUUUUGGUCCUUACCCAAGCUUUCCUCCGAGUUCUGCUUGAUGAUAAGGAUGUGAAUUGUUUAAACGCUUGCCCAGAUGCUGAAAAAGGUGUUGGAGAAAAGCGUGCCUUCGACUCUUCAGUGGCCAUAAAUGAUUUUUUAUUCUCCCUCAAUAUCGACAACAUUAAUUUGAUCAAACUGCUUCAGUAUAUAAAGGAAAGCAACAUCAUGCAUAAGGUUAGUGGGUACGGAAAUAAAAUGACUACCUUGCAGAAAGGUUCAGCAAUCAAGGAAAAUGGGGAAAGUUGUGACGAUGGUAGCACUUUAUCUGGCUUUCAGGCAUUAGCAGAUAUGUUAUUGUCACUGACAAAUAAUGAUGGUGAUGGAAGGAUAAUAAUCUCAAGGAAGAGACCAACAUGUUCAGGACAAGGAGCUUACCUGAAAUAUGUUAUGCUCACUGGGGAAAAGAUUUUCUCUGAGAUUGUGCAUGAGGCACAUGCAGUUGUGCUGGCAGGAGGAACUCUGCAACCAAUAGAGGAAACAAGAGAGCGACUUUUUCCAUGGUUACCAUCAGAUCAGCUCCAUUUCUUUUCAUGUAGCCACAUUGUCCCUCCAGAGAGUAUAUUGCCAAUUGCAGUAUCUCGUGGACCUUCUGGCAGAUCUUUUGAUUUUAGCUAUGGUUUGAGAAGUUCAUCGACCAUGAUAGAGGAACUAGGGCUCUUACUUUGCAAUUUGGCAACAGUUGUUCCAGAAGGAAUUGUUGUGUUCUUUUCUUCAUUUGAAUAUGAAGGACAGGUCUAUGAUGCAUGGAAAACCUCCGGAAUCCUUGAAAGGAUUAUAAAGAAAAAGCACGUCUUCAGAGAACCUAGAAAAAACACAGAGAUAGAGGUCAUUCUCAAGGAAUACAAGGAAGCAAUUGAUAGUCCUGCUCCUAAAAGUGGUGCAAUACUCCUAGCUGUUGUUGGUGGCAAGAUAUCAGAAGGCAUCAACUUCAGUGAUGGGAUGGGUCGAUGCGUAGUCAUGGUUGGACUUCCCUACCCUAGCCCAUCUGACAUUGAAUUGUUGGAAAGAGUGAAGCAUAUUGAAGGUUUGGGUGAUUCAAGUUCUACAAAAUCCCUAAAACUUUCAUUUAAUGAAGAAUAUUAUGGAGGAGACAUUCAGGCUGGUUUCAGCGUACUAAGGAGUUGCAGGCGCAGGGGGAAAGAAUAUUAUGAAAAUCUCUGCAUGAAAGCUGUAAAUCAAUCAAUUGGUAGAGCAAUUCGGCACAUAAAUGAUUAUGCUGCAAUUUUAUUGGUUGACAUCCGUUAUGCAUCAGAUUCUUCAAAAAGAAGUUUUUCUCACCCAAGCAGCAAGCUCCCACAAUGGAUAAAAGAUCGUCUUGUUUCUGCAACUAAUAAUUAUGGUGAAAUUCACAAGCUGUUGCAUCAAUUCUUCAGAUUCAACAAGAACAGAGGUUGUAACUGUGUCUGUAGUUGCAGAUAGAGACACCAAGAGAUUAACAAGCCUCACCAUUCAAUACUACUGGCAAAGAUUCUGAUGGAAUCAAUUCAAAAGACCAAGAACUUGUUUCAUAAAACAGUUGAGAACCUUAAAUCUUUCCUCUUUGUAGGAUACCAAAAGCUAUCCAAACCACCCCUCCCAGACCCCUUCUCUUGCACUGGUUGCAGCAGAAAAAAGCACCAAAAAGAUCAAUUCUAUACCGACUUCUGUAACGACUUGGAAGUUGGUCUAGAGGAGGCAAAGAUGAGAAAGAAGGAUGCUAUGACAUUGAAAGAGCAAAUGAGGGAAGAAGAUGAAUGUAGUGGAAGCUUCAUGAAUUUUGCAGAUAAGAGUCCAGUAAAGAACAAAAAGCGAAAUGGAGGAAAAGAGGAGAAAAAGAAAGUGGGAAGUUCACGAGUGAGUAAGGGAGAGGAACAAUAUUAUUACAAGAGAAAUGGAGGAAGUUAUGCAUUAGCACAAAAGAUGAAGGAAUUGGAGAUGAUGGAUGUUGGUGAUAUGGAACAUGUAUUGGAUGUAGAAGAGGCACUCCAUUAUUAUUCUCGGCUUAAAAGUCCGGUUUACCUUUCUAUUGUCGACAAGUUCUUCUUGGACAUGUACUCAGAAUUCUCUGUUCCACAGGCCUCUGCCAGCAUCAACAGUUCAAAACGAAGAUUCGGAUCAAUUAGGUUGUAGACGAUGUCUCCCAGACUUUUUCUUGUUCAUAUGUAUCUGUUUUCUUAUCCUAAAUUCUUUUCCAUGUUGUGUGUUUGUCUGCAUUCUUCUGCUACUUUAGCUUUUAUUUCUGUUUCUCUUUGGUUGUUAUAAUUUGCUUGAGCGUCUAUUGCUACCAAUAAAGCAUACGAAGUUUCAUAUCAAGAUUUGAGUAUUAUAUAUUUGCAUGUAAUUGGUGUAUUACCAAGUCUUUCUGUGAAUAAACUGGCUUCAAUGAAGCCCAGAGAU